AGGAGUGGCUGAGGAGCUGGCAGCCUGCUUUGCAUGAAUCGUGGAGUCCAAGUUAGUGGCUGCAGCUUCGAUAUUUCCUGUCAGCCGCGCAGACAGAGCCGAGGCGAGGGCGGAGGAGGCGAGGAGAGGGAUGGCAGAGAACAGCUCCGAGACAAGCGGCUCCGUUCACCGGAGAUGUUUGGCCCAUUCUCCGGCGGAGCGAAACAUUUCAGCCGGCGUCGGGGCGUCCAAAUGGAUUCGACUAAAUGUCGGGGGGACGUAUUUUUUAACAACGAGACAGACGCUGUGUCGAGAUCCAAAAUCAUUUCUGUACAGACUGAGCCAAGCUGACCCCGAGCUCGACUCCGACAAGGAUGAAACUGGUGCCUAUCUCAUAGACAGAGACCCCACAUACUUUGGGCCAGUGCUUAACUACUUGAGGCAUGGCAAACUGGUGCUCAACAGGGACUUGGCAGAGGAAGGUGUGUUGGAGGAAGCUGAAUUCUACAACAUCACAUCAUUAAUAAAGCUCAUCAAGGACAAGAUCAGGGAACGUGACUGCAAAACAUCACAGGUUCCAGUGAAGCACGUAUAUCGGGUGCUGCAGUGCCAGGAGGAGGAGCUGACACAAAUGGUGUCGACCAUGUCUGACGGCUGGAAGUUUGAACAGCUUGUCAGUAUAGGUUACGGGCGGGCCCACCAGUCAGAGUUUCUGCUGAUUGUGUCAAGGGAGGUGAAGGGAGAGGAGUCUGCUUUGCCAAACAACAGCGGAGAGCUGGUCAGCAUCGGCUCCUCUUAUAACUACGGAAACGAAGACCAAGCUGAGUUCCUGUGUGUAGUCUCCAAGGAGCUGCACAAUCAAUCAUAUGGGACAAACAGUGAGCCCAGUGAGAAGGCUAAGAUUCUUCAGGAAAGGGGUUCCCGGAUGUGAAAGGGACUCAGUAUUAUGAGCUCCAGGUGUUAUGAUGCAAACAUAUCAUCUUUGUGGAAGAACGUUUGGCACAAUGGAGAUUUAAAGGGGGAUUGUGCAUUUAUUUUGUGUUUUCCCUCCACUUUUGUUUUUAUUUCUUGAUGUAAAUAAGUCUGUUUACUGACAAUUUGUGCCUGUACGUUAAAACUGGACCAUUUUGAAUUAGUGGAAAGUUGUUUUUUUUUCUAAUUGAAAGUAAGGAAUUGUUAUCUACAAAUGUUUUAUGCUAUAAAAUAUGGCCAGCGUCAUAUAAGGCCAAUGAUUCUCUCAGGGUCAUCUAUUGAGUUAAUUCUUAUAUCCUCCAACUCAAGGGUCUGGUAAGGGAUCAGUAUGGUCUUUAUAACUCUGAGUAUCAAACACAAAAUCAUUGUUAAGAGAUGUUAAGAAGGGAAUUGUGCAUUUACUUGAUAAAGGGUCAGGCUAUUAAAUAAGAAAUACACCCCAAAAGCAAAAUGUUAAUCCAAAGAUUUGAAACAGUUUUACUGAGAUUUGUGAUCAUGAGGAUUCCAACUACACAACACACAUUUUGAGAGAUGCAUUUGAGGAAUCAUUUUAGUCUUACUUGAAUUUUUUCAGUAAGAAUAUGCUGUCAAAAAGGACAGUAGGGUAUGAGAACAAAACAAAAAUGUCUGUGAUUUGACUGUUGAUAAAGGGGCAUUGGGUAAAUAAACGGCUUUUAUUCAUGAUGAGGAAAUAACAGGUAUAUUAAAGUUCCAUUUAAAAAUGGACCAAGCCUGUUUUUGAGAUGGAAAUAUCUCCUUUCUAUGGCAAUGCUAUGAAGUUACAUAGUUUUUAAAAUAUUUGUACUAGAAAUAAAAGUAUUGUGUAUCUUGCCACCUUAGUAGUCCAACUAAGCCUGUAGUCAACCAAACAACAUCUCGGUCGACUAAAAUAGUACCUAUUCUUUAACCAAUCGAUUGGUCAAAGAGGAAAAAAAAAUCAGCCACCUACUAGCCUUAUUAGCCUAAAUAAAUUACAAAUACACAUGAAAAUCUGGUAUUUUCAGCAUUAAAUCACUUUACGCUUGUUAUUUGAUACUAACAUAGUAAAACAGACUUGGAGCCGACAGCGUGCACCUGCCCUUACUCGUGUUUUCCGAAAAUAGAACUGCAACAGCUGGUGAUCUUAGCACAAGAAAUGUUGAUAAAUAUAAUGCAGACAAGUUAAGCCUAUUGUUUUUAGAUGAUCUGCCAUGUUGGUUGUUGCAAACUACUGUUUGCAAAGUUUACACUUGAUUUUUUUGGCCAUUUGUUUUAACACAAAUGCAGCCACGCUGGCGACUUCUUUGACAUGGUGUCAACUAAUUGAGGCUACCGAUGUAGCAUUUUUCUCUCUAUGAAAGCAACACCGCCGAUUCUCCUACCACUGAAAGUUUGGUUUAAUGAGAGCAUAUUGACCAACAAGUUGACCUGGAGACUACAGCUCUGCCACAGAUACCGGUGUUCUGUGGGAUUUAAGUUCUUAUAUUUUCAGGAUGCAUAUGUAGAGAUUAAGAUUAUUGCAGUUUCUGCAAAAUUGUGGUGAUGUAAAGAACUACAAUGACUCUGAAGUGACGGUUUAUUUAAAGCUAUGUUGUUUGGAACUUCUUAUUUAGUUUGAGACCUCAUGUUCAUAAAUCUAAAGUCAACUGCCAAAAACAGUGUUUCAAAUGUGAAUUCUGUUAGAAAGUGAUAACAUUUUUUUAAUCAUCACUGUCCAACAAUGUCCUGUUCCUGUCUGGAAAAAUGUCCUCAAGACAACGGGGACAUUUUUUUUGCCCACUGGCAUCUGAGCUAUCCUUAACUCAUUUUUUUCAUAUGUUUGAGGGAACAUCUUGUUUAUGACCUUUUUCCCUUUUUUUUUCUCUUAUUUUUUUGAGGGGAGGUAUUUGUGGUGUUUGGGGGACUAGAACUGUUUGAAGAUGGUGGUGAAGGACUUUCUGUUCAUAUCAAGAAGAUUUUGUUUUCAUGUAAAUAAUCCAAAUUCAAUAUUAAUAUUUAACUCUUAAGACAACUGCACGUUUUGUACACUGUAUAGAAAACACGACUUCAAAAUGGAAGUUGUUUGUACUGGAUCUUUAAAAAUGAGAAAAUCUUGACAAUGUUAACUUCUGUUUUGCAUUGUUUGUACAGGAGAUUUCUGAGUUGGGGUUUAAAACAGCUGAUGCUGAAUACAGUGUCUUUCACUGAGAACAUGCCUGGAACAUGUUUUGAUAACCAAUAACAAAGCUAUACUUGGCUGGCUAUGAAGUUGACUGUUACAUUUAAACACAAAUGUAUUUUUUCUUGCAGUGUGAUAGAUUCUUCUUAGCAUUUUGAAUUGUGUAGAUUUCGUACACAGCAUUACAAGCACUACAGUGGAAAACACUGCACAUUGCUUACAGCCUGUAAUGUUGUUAAUGUAAAUACUGCAUUUUAGAACACUUUUUUUAAUAGAAAGUUGUUUUCAGGUUUGAUGAGUGGUUUUGAUAGGUUGGAUAUUUCAUUCACAAAUAAUCAUUUAGUGCUGCCUUUUUCCCAGUGACCAAAAUCCAAUGUCUUAUGUGUAUUGUACACAUUGAUCUUAGUGUCAGGGAUGAGUAAACUUUUCUUAAUGCUGGCACACUUUGUACAUAUAGACUUGUUAACGACACACAAACCUCCAUUUACUCACAUGUACACGUAUACACUUGACUAAAACGGUUUUUAUAUUGUCGGGGAAACAAGUAUGGAUGCAUGUUUUUGAAAUUAAUAUACACACAUAUAUAUCUAUGAACACAAACGCACACAAGGGCUUUUAAAGUGCAAAAUUUGAAAUCUGCAGAGGUUCAAUCAAAGUAGACUGGAUUUCCUGCCAGAGCUAGGCUAUGUUUACAUUUGCUAUAGUAUUCUGAAGCCUUCCAAUUAUGUACUGUCUUGCACUCCCUCACACGUUAACCUACGUCUGACUUGUUUGACUGCACCGAUGGCAACUAGCACUCCCCAUGAGCUGAUAAUCACUCUGAUGUGAAUAUACUCCAUUUCUAACAGCCAAUGCUUGAGCGUUGCAGACAAUCUUGCUUCCCACCCCUUCCCUGAUGAUAGAAAUACUCGUUUUUAAUAGGAUGAACCUGCUCAGAGCUAAGGUUUAUUUGAGUCUUUUAAGACUUUUAUUCUGUGAUUUAAAUUGUAUUUGUGUUUUGAAUUGCUUGGUUCAGCUGUUUUGAUAUGCUCUGGUCUGAGGUCUUUAAACCCCUCUAGCAGCUACAUUACAUUUAACGCCCUUCACAAACAGGUUGUCUGGUCGACUAUCUUGGCAUUGAUAAUUUUUCAUGUGAUGGACAAACUUAUCUAAUCUGUAGCCUAAUACUUUUAAGUGCCCAGUUUGUUUUGCAUUCGAGUCAUAAACCACAGACCACUGUAAUGCAUGAUUGAUGAUGAUCACACUUGUAAUCGGAGGGAAUGAAUGUGUCAUUUUUCCUCAAUCUAACAAUUACAUUAAUAUGGUUCUCAUAUCACUACAUAGAUCACUUCUAUAUGAUCUUAUGCAAUGUUAGGCAAAUGUACAAACUAAGUAUGAGGGUUAAGGGGAUAGAUCUUUAUGGUCUUGCAUAAGGUAAACCCAAUAAAAAUGUUGUCAUUCA